UCUCACACUGCAUUAUCAUCUCACUUCAGCUUUUCUCUCCUCCUGUCAAAGGAUCGGUGUUCAGUUGAAUUUUCCGAUCAGAUCUUGACCAUGGAUUCCGGCAAGAUCUUCAUCUGCCUUACCACACUCCUGUUUGCAUAUACACAAGCAGCAACACCAGCCCAUUCACCACCAAUCAUCUUAACCCCAACUCCGGCACCGGCACCGGCGCCGACCUACGUUAACCUCACCGACCUCCUGAGCGUCGCCGGCCCGUUCUCCACGUUUCUUAAGUAUCUUGAAUCAACAAAAGUCAUUGAAACCCUACAAAAUCAAGCAAACAACACCGAUGAAGGCAUCACUCUUUUUGUACCCAAAGAUAAAGCCUUUUCUUCCCUCAAAAAACAAUCACUUUCAAACCUCACCGCCGAUCAGCUGAAACAACUGUGUCUCUUCCACGCGCUGCCGCAUUACUACUCGCUGUCGGAUUUCAAGAAUCUCAGUGACGCCGGCCCAAUGAACACACUCGCCGGAGGUUCUUACACUUUGAACUUUACAGAUAUCUCCGGCACCGUGCGAAUUGGGUCCGGUUGGACCAACACAGAAGUGAGUAGCAGCGUGCAUUCCACCGAUCCUGUUGCGAUUUAUCAGGUGAACAAGGUGUUGCUUCCAGAAGCCAUUUUCGGAACUGAUAUUCCUCCUCCAGCACCGGCUCCGGCACCGGUACCUGAUAUUGCUCCGGUGGCGGAUGCUCCAGAUGCGGAUGGUGGUAAAGGUUCAGGUUCAGCUGCGAAGGCGUCAUCGCCGUCCUCUUCUCACCGGAUUCUCGGGUGGAGGUGGUUGAUGAUGGUGGUCGUUUCCGGUGGAUUUGUGGUGACCUUGUAAGAUAUGCAAAGUGGGAUGUCUGAAUGAAGCUACCGAUAAGAAAAAAAGCCAUUCUUUUGAUAUCGUUUUUACGUAUUUCAUUGAUUGAUACUUGAAAUAUUUAUGAGAAUUUGAUGUAUUUUUGUUGUAUAAUUUUUCUUUAUUAUGCUACUAAAAGAAUUAUUGUUGUUU